UGAUGCCUAGCGUCAUUUGUUCAUUCUUCUUUUAAAGCAAUUCCAAAUUACAUUAACUUCUGGGUUUUGAUGUUUUUUGAGAACUUUUAUCUAAGGUCACUCAGUGCUUAAGUGUUUAAAAUAUCCAAAUAUAUUUUGCACCAAACGCCUUGUAAAGCUGGCACUGCAGGUUCUGCAAUGAAGAACGUUCUUCUGCGCUUUGUAUUCUGUCUUUCUACAGUAUUUCUUGACUCGUCAUUUGCCAGUCAUUCUGGCGCUAAAACCGCUAUAAACUCAAGCUACUGCUUCUGGACCAGGGAUACCUCAGAGGGGCUCACACAUUAUACGUUUCUCCAUCAAACGGAGGACAGUUACAAAUCUCCUAUCCUCUAUCACAGUGUUUGGGCAAGCGACAGCAGUCUUCUGAACUGUGUUUUAAGCGAUGACCCGUCUGUUAGCGGGACCUACAUGUCUAAGUGCACUGGGUCAAACGGCAACGCUUUCUCUGAGACGCCAGAUAAGCGCUUUAAUAUCAGUAAACUGUUUGAACCCGGGAACCCUUGUAUGUCUGCUCCUAUUGGAGGAUCGAAUGUCCCUGUACGCAACAGCCGCCAUCGGCGGAGCGUUGACUUUGAACGGCCCGCGCACCGAAGUCCUGCAGAGAGUUCUGGAGUGAAGUCACGUCGCGUCAAGCGCUCGUGGAUGAUUCCAGGUACACUGUGGUGUGGCUCAGGUAACGAGGCCGCCAGCUAUUUCGAUCUGGGUGUAUUUGAGAAGACCGACAUGUGCUGCAGAGAACAUGACCACUGCAAAGACACCAUUGGCUCAUUUGAGUACAAACACGGCGUCUUCAAUACCAAUAUCUUCACUCUUUCACACUGCGACUGUGAUGAAAGGUUCCAUCGCUGUCUUUUGGGCGCUGAGGAUGGCAUGUCGGAUGUUGUGGGAUACGGUUACUUCAACGUCCUGCAGAUGCAGUGUUUUGAGUUCUCCUAUCGAAUGGAGUGCAGUCGGAGGACGUGGUACGGCAUGUGUGCAUUUUACGAGAUGACUAAAUAUGCUGUCGUCAAAGAUCCCACAGACUACAAUUCUACAGUACAAGGUUCGACGGAGGCAGAAUUACAGAUUACCAUUAAUCAAUUAAACAUUACAGAAGACCACAAUGAAAUCUCGGUGUCAGCAACAUCUCCAGCGACACGUAUCGAAGAUGUCAGGAAAGCUAAUGAAUUCACAACAACAUCCAAACCUCUCUGGACUUCUAAUGCAACACUCACACACUCCAGCACAACUCAGCGCACAGAAACCACACACACACCAGAGACUCAUCUUCAGAAGCCGGAGCAAGACAGCACGCAGAGAGCAGGAGAACUGGAGGUUUGCGGCGUCUAUAAGGAGCUGGACACAUGUCGCUUUCAGAUCCCUGCUCUACAGGAGAGAUUUGGCUUACGCAACAAUGAGCUAAAGACCCUUUAUCACUGCAACUGUACAACCAGGCUGGCAGAGAAGCUCUCUGAACAUGCAUCAGACGAUGCCAAAGACUUGCAUUCACAUCUGCUGGACUUUGUGUCGAACCACUGUUUCACCCUACAUCAGUCAGGGAACUGUACAGAAAGUCAAAGCUGUCCUGCUGCUCUCACCAAGGCAACCGCUCUUCAGCGCUGGGCCAAAGAUAUGAUAGCAGGGCGCCAUCUAGAGGACUCUAUGAAGAAAAUCGGAAGAUUGAACACAAGACGUUCCAAAAGGAAAGACAAAUCAGUUAAACUAUACAAGAAGUGUCGCAGGAUACACUCCAAGUUACAGAAGACAAAAAGACUUUAAGAGCUGCUGCAGUAACAAUACUUUGUACAUAUUUUCCCUCUGUAUAUAGAAUGUAGAGUCUGACUCAGUAUUUUUUAAAAAGGACGAGAAGUGAAAAGCAUCUUGUUUAUAUUUGUUUGGGUUUUGUAAAUAAAGUGUAAAUAAUGUGUUCAUAAUAAACUUUUGGCACAGAGGAC